AUGACAGGCCCCGUGAUUCCGAUCGCUAGCGAAAGCUCUGGCUCCAACUUCAACUUCCGACUUCAUCCACUCUCUAUCCUCACCUCGCUCUCCACAACUCGCGGCUCAAUUCCCCCGUGGUCAAUUGCCCUCACAAUGUCGCUCUCCUCCGCUUCCAGCACCCUGCUGCGCACCGUCGCUCGGCAGCAGCUGCCCACCUCCCGCGCCGCCGUCACCUCCUGCCAGCAGCGGAGGGGAGUUGCCGAUGCGAAGUCGUCCUUCGAAUCUCCCUUCGCCAGCGCUAACGAGCGUGGCUCGACCCUGAAGAUCCCCAACUUCAGCAAGUACAAGUCCAACAACUCGCCCCGCUCCAACCAGGUCUUCUCCUACUUCAUGGCCGGCUCCCUCGGUCUGGCGAGUGCUGUCGGUGCCAAGGCUACUGUCCAGGAUUUCCUGGUCAACAUGUCCGCCUCCGCCGAUGUCCUGGCCCAGGCCAAGGUCGAGAUCGCUCUCGGUGCUAUCCCCGAGGGCAAGAACGUCAUCAUCAAGUGGCGUGGUAAGCCCGUCUUCAUCCGUCACCGCACCCAGGCCGAGAUCGAUGAGGCUCGUGAGUCCAAGUGGGAGGGUCUCCGUGACCCCCAGCCCGAUGAGGACCGCGUCCAGCGUCCCGAGUGGCUCGUCAUGCUCGGUGUCUGCACCCACUUGGGUUGUGUUCCCAUCGGUGAGGCCGGUGACUACGGCGGCUGGUUCUGCCCCUGCCACGGUUCCCACUACGAUAUCUCCGGCCGUAUUCGGAAGGGCCCUGCCCCUCUGAACUUGGAGGUUCCCGCCUACACCUUCCCCGAGGAGGAUACCCUGGUUAUCGGUUAA